UCACACACACGCACAGCCCUCGCCUGAUUUGCACCAGCCCGGGUCAUUCCAGGUGAAAGCCCGGCUCCGAGUCCCGUUCAGCCCGCGGAGAGCUCCAGCGGCUCCGGCGGAGGAGGAAUGCACCGGCACCGGGACCACGACUGAGAUCCGGACCCGGAUCCCUCUUAUGCGGUGUUUCUCUCGGGGGGCUCAGCGGCUCCUCAUCAGCGCUGCCUGGAGUCAAACUUCACCACUUCCUCUGCUCGGUCCAGGAUCCAGAUGUCUGAGGAGGCUCUGAGGAUGACGUCUCGGCCCUGAAGCCCACCAGUAUGUCAGAGCCAGCAGGAAAUUACUCCCCCGGGUGGAAAGAGGAGGCCAUUCAGAAUGGGUACAUACCGAGCUACUUGGACAAGGAUGAGUUAUGUGUAGUGUGCGGGGACAAAGCCACGGGCUACCACUAUCGCUGCAUCACCUGCGAGGGUUGCAAGGGAUUCUUUCGGAGGACCAUCCAGAAGAAUCUCAACCCGACCUACGCUUGUAAGUACGACGGGAAAUGCGUCAUCGACAAAGUGACGAGAAACCAGUGCCAGGAAUGUCGCUUCAAGAAGUGCAUCGCAGUGGGGAUGGCCACAGACUUGGUGCUGGAUGACAGUAAGCGGCUGGCUAAGAGGAAGCUGAUCGAGGAGAACCGGGAGCGCCGGCGGAAGGAGGAGCUCCAGAAGACGGUGUGGGACCGGCUGGAGCCCACCCAGGAGGAGUGGGACCUGAUCCGCAUGGUGACGGACGCCCACAUGGCCACCAACGCCCAGGGGAACCACUGGAAGCAGAAGAGGAAGUUCCUGGUCGAGGAAGCAAUGCUUCUUAAUGAAAUAACAUGUAAUUUAUUCUAUACUUCUGACCAGAGUGCAGCGGGGGUGAAGGAAGCUAAGCCUGAGGAAAUUGGUCAAGCGUCCAUGGUCAGUGCGCCUGAAGGAAACAAAGUGGAUAUAGAAGCCUUCAGUCAGUUUACAAAAAUAAUCACCCCUGCCAUAACCCGAGUGGUGGACUUUGCCAAAAAACUGCCUAUGUUUUGUGAGCUGCCUUGUGAAGACCAGAUCAUCCUGUUGAAAGGUUGCUGCAUGGAGAUCAUGUCGCUACGCGCAGCCGUCCGGUACGACCCGGAGAGCGAGACGCUAACGCUCAACGGGGAGAUGGCGGUGACCCGGGGUCAGCUCAAGAACGGUGGCCUGGGCGUGGUGUCGGACGCCAUCUUUGAUUUGGGCGUGUCGCUGUCGUCUUUCAACCUGGAUGACUCGGAGGUGGCUCUGCUGCAGGCCGUCAUCCUGCUGUCAUCCGAUCGGCCGGGCCUGAGCAGCGUGGAGCGGAUCGAGCGCUGCCAGGAGGAGUUCCUCCUGGCCUUCGAACAUUACAUCAACUACCGCAAACACAAGGUGGCGCACUUCUGGCCCAAGCUGCUGAUGAAGGUGACGGACCUGCGCAUGAUCGGGGCGUGCCACGCCAGCCGCUUCCUGCACAUGAAAGUGGAGUGUCCCACCGAGCUGUUCCCGCCGCUCUUCCUGGAAGUGUUCGAGGACUGACCUGUGUGUAUGUGUGAGUGAGUGUGUGUGUGUGUGUGUGUGUGUGUGUGUGUGCGUGUGUGCCUGGGCACCCUGGCGGUCUCGGGUGGAACCAGCAGAAGGCCGUCACUAAGGAACUUUCUUUCUAAUAGCACUACUGAGUGUCACUUCAUUCCAUAGUUUAGCUCUCUGGACGGAACCAUUCCUCACAGUGCGGGUACAUGUGAAUAGCCUUUCAUUUGUUUUGUUUCUGUUUUAUUUUUUUUUUGUUGUUGUUUUUACUGUUUUUAUUUGGAUGUUUCGUUGUCGUGGAUAUAACCUCUCACCUCGGACUCUCCUCUCUGUUCUUUUUGUCUGGAUGAUUGUACAGUUUGGUGACCUUUCCAUCCUUUAUGUUGAGAACUCAGUGGCUGCUCACCUCAUGCACACGAUAAGACAGUGUUAGCGAUCCGUUAGCCCCCCCGGACCCCCACCCCUACACCCCCCAUCGCCACCGCUACUCGCCAGCGCUAGCCCGCGGACCCUCGCACGUUGUUUUUAGAGUGGGACUGAACGUUCUGGGGAAAAAA